UCUCCAUACCUGUAAAAACCAGCUAGUACUAUUCCAUCUACUUGCACAAAACUUCCAAGAAACCCCAUUUGUUGACUUGGAUUUUGUAGUCAAACCACGCAGACCCUUUCUCCUCCAAUUACAUCGUCGUUAAAAACUUGAGAUCCAUAGCCUAUAAAUCUUAUAUAACAAACAGUAUAUUAGCCAAAAAGAAAACAAACUUGGAAUGAGGAUUCAUCUAUUCAUCCUCAUUGCUUUUGUUCUUAUUUUAUCUCCAACUUCAGCUCAUUUCUUUCCAAAUAUUUCUUCUAUCCCUCCUUCUUUACUCAAACCCAAUCUCACUUCUUGGAGUGCUUUUCAAAAGUUAUUAGGAUGUCAUUCCGGUCAGAAAGUUGACGGCAUAGCUAAAAUCAAAAAAUAUUUCCAACAUUUUGGAUACAUCAAUUCUUUCACUAACUUCACUGAUCAUUUUGAUGAUACUCUUGAAUCUGCUCUCAAGACUUACCAGAAAAAUUUCAACCUCAAUGCCACCGGUGUGCUCGACGCGCCCACGAUUCAGCAUCUCAUAAAACCCAGAUGUGGAAACGCCGAUGUAGUUAACGGUACUAGUACUAUGAACUCCGGCAAGCCACCGGCAGAUUCUCCUACGAAGAUGCACACGGUAGCUCACUACUCCUUCUUUCCGGGAAGACCAAGGUGGCCCGCGAGUAAGACGGAUUUGACAUACGCGUUUUUUCCGGAUAACAAUCUGACGGAUGACAUUAAGAGCGUGUUCUCACGCGCGUUUGAACGGUGGUCGGAGGUUACCCCAUUGAGCUUCACUGAAACGGCGUCGUUCGAAUUGGCUGAUAUUAAGAUUGGAUUUUUCAAUGGAGAUCACAACGAUGGAGAGCCGUUUGAUGGUCCGAUGGGAACAUUAGCACACGCGUUUUCGCCGCCGGCGGGUCAUUUUCACUUGGACGGCGAGGAGAAUUGGGUCGUAGAUGGUGUGCCGGUAAAUGAAGGGAACUUUUUUUCCAUAUUAUCGGCAGUGGAUCUUGAAUCGGUUGCGGUUCAUGAGAUCGGGCAUUUAUUGGGCUUGGGUCAUUCAUCUGUAGAAGAUUCGAUUAUGUACCCGAGUUUAGAAGCGGGUAUCCGAAGAGUGGAGCUUGUGGAUGAUGAUAUUCAGGGGGUCCAGGAGUUAUACGGGUCAAAUCCGAACUAUACGGGGACGAAUACAACAUUGACUCCGACCCAGGAGAAUGAUACAAAUGGUGCUCCGAUUCUUAGCUCAUUAUGGGUUCACGGGUUUUUAUUGCUUGUUGGAUUUUUCUUUGCAUUCAUUUAUUCAAUUUAAAAACAUUAUUCAAUUAGUUGUACUAUUAUAAACUGAGAAAGAAUAUAUUUGAAAACUCAAUUAAUGAUCAACUAAAUCGCCAUUUUCAGAACGAAAUGUUUUAAAUAUAAUAGUUUUCUUGUGAUAUC